CGCCGCCUCCGCUAGCUCCCCAAGUCGAAACGUCGUCGCCCCUCAUCAUCUCCUCCUCGUUGUCGCACCCCCAACCGCACGCUGCCGCCGCUCGCUUCCUCCUCUCCUCGUCUCACUCCAGAAAGCCAAGCUGCAAAGCACUAUGGCACAUCCCAUAGCAAUGGCAGCAUGGACACACAGCCAUCGGAGCCGACCGUGGUAAAAGCUUUCAUCGCGGUGCCUGAUAUAUCGACGCCGACAUCGAGCACGCCCCAACUCCAUAUCCAACAAAUGCUUAGUUAUUACUCCGUAUGGUGGAAUUCCAUCGCUUAUCAGCCUGAUGUAUUUGCAGGCUAUAGAUGAGCUGAAAGAUCUCCUUUCUUUUCAAGCAAGAACAAAGUUAAGCAAGGGAAGAUCCAAGAACAAGAACACCAAUGGCUGACGAGUCAUGGAGGGCGCCGGCGAUAGUGCAAGAGCUGGCGGCAGCCGGCGUCGAGGAGCCGCCGAGCCGAUACCUGCUACGGGAGAAAGACCGUUCUGACGUCAAGCUGGUCGCCGCCGAGCUGCCGGAGCCCCUCCCCGUCGUUGAUCUCAGCCGGCUAGAUGGUGCCGAGGAGGCCACCAAGCUCAGGGUGGCUCUGCAGAAUUGGGGCUUCUUCCUGCUUACCAACCAUGGAGUAGAAGCCUCUCUGAUGGACAGCGUGAUGAACUUGUCGAGAGAGUUUUUCAACCAACCAAUCGAACGGAAGCAAAAAUUCAGCAACUUGAUCGAUGGCAAGAACUUCCAGAUUCAAGGGUAUGGAACUGACCGGGUGGUUACCCAAGAUCAGAUCCUGGACUGGUCUGAUCGGUUGCAUCUCAGAGUUGAACCCAAGGAGGAGCAAGAUCUUGCCUUCUGGCCUGACCAUCCUGAAUCUUUCAGGGAUGUUCUGAACAAGUAUGCAUCAGGAACCAAAAGAAUUAGAGACGAUAUCAUUCAGGCUAUGGCCAAGCUUCUUGAGCUUGAUGAGGAUUACUUCUUGGACCGACUCAACGAAGCUCCUGCAUUUGCAAGAUUCAACUACUACCCUCCCUGUCCAAGGCCUGACCUUGUGUUCGGCAUCAGGCCUCACUCCGACGGCACCCUCUUGACGAUUCUUCUCGUCGACAAAGAUGUCAGUGGCCUGCAAGUUCAGAGGGAUGGCAAGUGGUCCAACGUUGAGGCAACUCCUCACACAUUGCUGAUCAACUUAGGUGACACCAUGGAGGUAAUGUGCAAUGGCAUCUUCAGGAGCCCGGUGCACAGGGUGGUGACAAACGCCGAGAAGGAGAGGAUCUCCCUGGCCAUGUUAUACAGCGUGAACGAUGAGAAAGACAUUGAGCCGGCGGCUGGUUUGCUGGAUGAGAAUCGGCCUGCAAGAUACAGGAAAGUGAGCGUCGAAGAGUUCAGGGCCGGGAUCUUUGGAAAAUUCUCUCGAGGAGAGAGGUACAUCGACUCCCUGAGGAUCUGAUCUCGAAGAGAGCAUGAUUGUUGCAAGCUCAGCAGCUUUCAGUAGCAAGUAUUUCCUUGGGAAAACAAACAUUUUUCCCCCCUUAAGGGAAUUGCUGAAAACAUGUCGCAAGUUCUCGUAAAGAAAAACUUUUAAAUUUAACUAUGGUAUAAUUGUAAUAUAAUUACAUAUGUAAUAACCCCUCCGUUUCAUAUUAUAAGACUUUCUAGCAUUGUCCACAUUUAUAUAGAUGUGGGCAAUGCCAUAAAGUCUUACAAUAUGAAAACGGAGGAAGUCUUGUAACUACGGUACUGCAUUCUUUUCAAAUUACAAAUUACUUGUCAUCCUA